AUGUCUAAGCUUUGGAAAGUGGCCAAAGUCUGUUUGGCCCCAGCCACACACUCCCUCAUUGUCUGUUUGGCCCCAGCCACACACUCCCUCAUUGUCUGUUUGGCCCCAGCCACACAGGCUGUGUUUAGCCUCUGUAGCUCAAUUGGUAGAGCAUGGCGCUUGUAACGCCAGGGUAGUGGGUUCGAUCCCCGGAACCACCCAUAUGUAAAAAUGUAGGCACACAUGACUGUAAGUCGCUUUGGAUAAAAGCGUCUGCUAAAUGGCAUAUUAUUAUAUUAUAUUAUACACAGGCAGCCCAAUUCUGAUAUUUUGCCCCACGUUACUGGCAAAAGAGCUGAUCUGAUUGGUGAAAAUACUAAUUAGUAGGAAAAAGAUCUGAAUUGUGCAGCAACAGACGCAUGAACAUGUAUGAAAUCGAAUAUGCAUUCAUCAAUAGUCUGUUUUUCUGUAAAAUAUUCAAUUGAAUUUGGUGUGUUUUUUUUUUGUCGUCGUACAAUCAUCUCUGUUGUUCAGCAUACGUCAAACGGCUGACUCCCGUUGAAAAACAAUUUACUCAAUCCGGGAACAGGUGGGUAGAGUUCACUCUUUCAAACCAUCUGAUUGGUCCAUGAUGUGAGAGCUCCACCCUCCAGCAGCACACUAGCUGAAUGAAAUCAAGAGCCCCUAAUCGCAAUUGUGAAAUUGAACCAAUUGGAAUGACGUCAAUUGGCUGAAGGCUGAACAUAAUUAGCCAGCCAGGUUAGAAGGAUCUGGGAUUCCUUUAUAAGGAGCAACCUAAACAGCUUUUAUAUAUAGCAACAGGGAUAUUCUGGUAGGGUGUCUGUCUACUAUUAGUUCUGGAUACUGGUGCGGUUUUUGAUCACUAAAAUGUCUGUGGCUUUUGGACUCUCUUUGAGGUUAGUUUUUUCAAUUUAUUUAUGAUUGGUUUACCUUGUCUUAAAGUUUUCACUGGUAAUUCUGUUUAACUGACUGUCUGGAUGUUUUGUAGUGUUUCUUGGAUUUGUUGCCUGCUAAUUGGAGGGAUAACCGGUUCUUUUACAUUUAAAGGUGAGUUUGAGUUUGGCUAACAUUAAUUCAGUUAAAGUCCCAGUUGUAUAGUUCCAAUAGUUUAAGGCUAUUUUACCACAACAUUUUCUCUUGGUUUCCUGACCCAGAACCAACUGGAUCCCAUGCUCAAACAAGUGUGGUGUCGGGUCCAAAUGCCACAGCAAACGCUACUGGCCAAAAUGCCCCAGCAAGUGUGACGUCGGGUCCAAAUGCCGCAACCGGCCACAACUACGGAGCAAAUGCAACCAACAACCAUGCCUCAGCAGCCUCUGCAGGGUCCCGCGCCUCAGCAGAAGCGGCAGGGUCCCGCGCCUCGGCAGAAGCGGCAGGGUCCCGCGCCUCGGCAGAAGCGGCAGGGUCCCGAGCCUCGGCAGAAGCGGCAGGGUCCCGAGCCUCGGCAGAAGCGGCAGGGUCCCGAGCCUCGGCAGAAGCGGCAGGGUCCCGCGCCUCGGCAGAAGCGGCAGGGUCCCGCGCCUCGGCAGCCGCGGCAGGGUCCCGCGCCUCGGCAGAAGCGGCAGGGUCCCGCGCCUCGGCAGAAGCGACAAGCCUUGAACAGACGGCCCAACCCCUCAACAAGCUAGAUGGGGAGCUUCUCACUUGGUUUGCUGAACUCCUCAAUCGUCUGUCCUCUGUCACUUUGCCUCCUUUCGACAAAAAUGUCAAAAGUAACUGA